AUGUCGUCGCUCAAAAGUUUCAAUUUGAACGAUCAUCGUUCUACCAUCGCUCUUGUUACCUCUUUCCUGAUCCUACACACUUUACCACUAAGAAAUUCGUCCCAAUGGCCUUUGUACCACCUCAGCACUGGAAUUUUACGAGCGGCACAGAGAUGCAUCUAUUUGGUAAUAUUUGCGAAACUCGUCAAAGCCCUGAAUGGAUGGAUAUCGCACCGAAGCUACAACAAUUUCAUCGAUGAUCCAUCUUGGAAUUGGCCCAAUGAGCUCGCAAUCGUCACUGGAGGUUCCAGUGGCAUAGGUGCGGAAAUCGUCUGCGGCCUUGCAAAGCAUCAAAUUCGCACAAUUAUACUAGAUAUCAACCCGCCUUCCACAAAACUAGGUAACACAAGUCUCCUUCGCUAUACAUAUCCUGCCAUCUACCUUGUACCGCGAACAAGAUACAAAGCUAACCAAAGACCAGGCAACGGCGUCACAUUCCACCAAGUCGACCUCUCCUCCCCCACCGCAAUCUCCACCGCCGCAACAUCCAUCAAAGCCUCCCACGGUCACCCCUCCAUCCUCAUCAACAACGCCGGCACCGGCACCGCCCAAACCAUCCUCAGCGAAUCCGAGUCUGAACGCCGUCGGGUCUUUGAAGUCAACGCACUAUGUCACUUUACUCUUGUUCGAGAAUUUCUCCCCGCGAUGAUUGAGAAAGAUCACGGCCACGUCAUGACGAUAGCAAGUACGGGUAGUUUCUACGCUCAGGCGCAGAAUGUGGCGUAUGCGGCUUCAAAGGCGGCGGCUAUGGCGUUUCAUGAGGGGUUGGGACAGGAGCUUCGGACGCGGUUUCAUGCGCGUAGAGUUCGUACCUCUAUCAUCUACCCCGACUUCGUCCGUACCCCCCUCGUCGAAGCCCUCACAAGCAAAGUUACGAAAUUCCCUCUUGCGGUAAUGGAGCCCAGUGAGGUGGCAGCUGAGGCCGUGGAUGCUAUUACUUCGACAUACGGCCACGUGAUCGUGCUGCCUAGGAGUUUGGGCUAUCUUGCUCUGUUGAGGGGCCUUCCACCUUGGGUAUUGAGGAUCGUUCAGACAGUUGAUCCUGAUCCGUUGGCGCUUGUUAACGAGUAG